CUUCUCCUUCUUUCCACGAGUCACUUUACCAUCUGCCGAGUGGUCAUGUGACACAUCUGUCAGGGGACAGCAUGGCGGACAUGCAUGUGGAACCUCAAAACAAAUUUCACCGAUUGUCCAGCUAACCGCGCCACGAGAAACAGCGAUACCGCGCGUGAAGCCGGGCCGGCGGUGCCCAACGACAGCAGAAUGGACGAGGAUAACAAACUUCAGUUCCCGUCUCUGCCUGCGACCAAGGAGGACCUUCUGGACUGGGCUUAUCCAAUGAGACGAGAAAUGCAGGAGAUAUUACCGGGACUGUUUUUAGGUCCCUACUCAGCUGCAAUGAAAAGCAAGCUGCCAAGCCUUGAGAGACAGGGCAUUACACAUGUUGUGUGUGUCCGCCAAGACAUUGAAGCCAAUUUUAUUAAACCUAAUUUCCCUCAUACAUUUAGAUACCUUGUGUUAGAUAUUGCUGACAAUCCAGUGGAAAAUAUAAUACGAUUUUUCCCCUCAACUAAAGAAUUUAUUGAUGGCUGCUUAGCAACAGGAGGAAAGGUACUGGUUCAUGGUAAUGCAGGGAUAUCAAGAAGUGCUGCCUUAGUAAUUGCAUACCUUAUGGAAACAUUUGGGAUGAAAUACAGGGAUGCAUUCAGCCACGUCCAGGAGAGGAGGUUUUGCAUCAACCCCAAUGUGGGCUUUGUGCAUCAGUUACAGGAAUAUGAAGCGAUCUACCUAGCCAAAUUAACCAUUAAAAUGAUGUCACCUAUGCAGUUGGGCCGGUCCUUCUCGUUACAAGCUGGGAUGCAAGGAAGCCGUAAACGCAGCCUGGAGGAAGAUGAAGACUUUGGAGCAAUGCAGGUCACAGCAGCACACAACGGAUGAGCUUUGCUGCUAUUUAGCCGUGUGGCGCAGUGCACUCAAUUUUCCCCAACAUUUUUAAUGGAAUUAAAAAUGUAAAUAUUUGAACUUUUUUCUAAGGGGAAGGGUCAGGGGUGGGAGGGCGGCCACUCAUGUCUGAGACAUGGAGAAUGGAGGGGGAUCAGGCCAAUUUAAUAACUUUUUUUUCGAGCUGUAUGCACUGAUGGGAGAUUUUUUGCAGUUUUAUAGUAUUUAAAGCAUUUUGCAUUUGCAGCGGGACAGUAUUGCAAUAAUGCACUUUCGAUACUUGAAUUUGUGUAGAUGACCAGAAAGGUGCAGUCAGCAAAAGGGAAAGUAGCAGGACGUCGCCCAGUGGAGGACAUGAGAAGAGGAAUAGCUAAUGCAUUUAUUUUGGGAGUAAUAGGAUAAUGGACUAAUAUCAGGCUUUCUGUGGGAUAGUAAGGAUUGGGGGAAAAUAACAACCUACUGCUUAAUAAAAACGAGUCUGACUG